AUGACGCCUUCCCUACAGAUCUUGGCCACGUUGGCGGUGCUGGGCGAGGCCUUAGCUGCCACAUCAAAGACGUCCGUCUGGCUGCCUUCGCGCACGACUAGAGCCGGUGAUAACAUCUAUGCGUCCGUCAUCACGGCAGUCCCGGAGAAGAGCUCGACUGAGUAUUUGCUCGCGUGCACAUCGGUGUUCAAGUCGCCGUAUCCGUCCAGCUGCGGAGAUUUUCGGGGCGUGACCCUGACGCAGGGGCCCGAGACUGUCAAGAUCCAAUUCGGAUCGGAGACUUUCACUUGCGACGCUGACGAUGGCGACGUGUGUGACAUCAACGCCCAAGCAACAUCGACUGCGACAGGGGAAGGUUCAUUCACGGCCAUCACUAUCGUAUCUGGCGCGGAAAAGCUCUCAGGCGGGAAGAAGACAACAACACCGUCAGCGCCGUCGGCCACGAGCGAUAGCAACGGAAUUUGCAAGAGAGCAUCGGGCAAGAGCGGGAGUAAUGGUGGCGGCGGAAGCAGCGAUAGUGACAGUAGCAGCAGCAACGGGGGCAGCUCAACGAAGAACGGCAAAAAUGGGUGUUCAGGAGCUGGGUCGCUGAGGGCAGAGCUAGGGAUCGUGAUGGGGGUCAUGGGGGGUCUCGUGGGGCUUAUCGCGUUUGUGUUGUGA